AUGGAACGCAAAUUAUCUACUGACUCUCAAGUAUCUCAUACAAGUGAAGUUUCUACCAAUGGUACUCGGAUUAGAGCAACGCAUGCAGUGGUGUUAUAUUCUCGUGAUGAACAGCGAACCCGUCUUGUGAUGAAAUUAUCAGAUGUUUCUAAUUAUGUAUCGCGCCCAAAAGUAAAAGUUGGAGAUCCAAUAUUUUUGAAAUUACCUACAUCACGAGAACGUUUUUCAGGACAAAUUGUUUUUUUAGGUUAA